CUUGACUACACACCACUUGUUGAGUUUGCCGUCAACAAGACGGUUGAAAAGUAGUUUGCGAUCAAUAAGAGUGCUUUGGCAAAUGGUAAUGGUUGAUAUUUUAAUGUCGACGUUGACUGGACCCAUUAACUUAUUAUGGGUAUUGGGUAAUGACUAAGAAAUUUAAAAACUAUACUUAGUCAAGAAUAAGUUAAAGCUGCAAUAUGCAUCCAACUUUGACUAUAAAAACAAGAAAGGUCAAACAUAUCAAGAAGGGUUCAAUCUCCGGUCGUUUUCUCUGUUGAAAGUUAAAGAAAAGCUAUGCAAGGAGGAAGAAGUGGAACAAGUGGUGAAGACAGGAUCAGCAUAUUGCCUGAACCGUUGCUAUGUCACAUACUCACAUUUCUUACUAGCAAGGAAUCUGUUGGGACAAGUGUUUUGUCCUCUAGAUGGAGAGAUCUCUGGCUAUGGGUGCCUAGACUAGAUCUGGACAAAUCUGACUUCUCAGAGGACAGCACCUGCUUGAGUUUCAUCGAUAAGUUUCUGAAUUUCCGAGGUGAGUCCUACUUGCGUGGAUUCAAGCUAAACACCGACAACGAUGGUGAUGAAGGUCCUUCAGUGGAGGCAUGCCUGAUGAGAGUGGUUAACAAGUGUAAGAUUCAACAGUUCGAAAUCGAGAAUCACCUUGGAUUUUGCUUCCUUGAGACGCCUUUGGUCUUUUCAAUGUGUAAUACAUUGGUUAGCUUGAAACUCACCUUCGUGAUCAUGAGUGAUUACGACCAGUCAUGUUCUUUACCAUGUCUGAAGACUCUGCACUUUGAAAAGGUCGUAUUCCCCUGCGACGAGGUUGCAGAGGCACUUAUCUCAUCCUCUCCGGUUCUCAAGGAUUUAAAAAUGAGCCAGAGCAGAUAUGACUCUGUCCUAAUCUUACGCGUCCGCUCCAAGUCACUAAAGAGCUUCACUCUGGAACGGACGGAUACUGGUCGUGUUGAAAACAGUUUGGAUACAGUUGUGAUGGAUACUCCGAGUCUCGAGCAUCUGAAUCUCGUAGAUUACCAAUACACGAGCUUCGAGAUAGUUAGUAUGAGUGAAACUGUCAAGUUUGAUAUCGACGUCGUGUUGUCCAUCACUUGGGAUUUUCUAACCUUUGUUUCACAUGCUACAAACAUGACCAUCUCCAGGAGGACUCUUGAGUUCAUCUAUUAUCACCUGGAAAUAAACAGACGAUCCAAGUUUCAUGGCUUGGCUCGUCUUCGUGCUACUAUCUUCUUAAACUCUUCUCCAGAGAUGUUGCCCGUCAUUCUUGAGGCAUGCCCGAAUCUCAAACACCUCACCUUGGAACUGGUUCAUGAUUUUCUGGUGACGGAAGGGACAAGUAGACUUUUGUCUCUACUGCCACCUUCUUUGGUAUCCUCCCUUGAAUAUGUUGAGAUCAAAAGCCCGAUCACGGAUAAAGCAACGGAACUGGAGCUGGUUAGAUACUUUCUAGAGAACUCGACAAGACUAGAGAAGAUUGUUCUGCGUUUGAACCAGUCUUGUCUGAGAAAACACAAACCGGGUCUGUUGAAACAACUCUUUGAAUCUCCGAGAUGCUCUGGUUUCUGUCAGUUUGUCAUUAUUUGACAUCAAGAUAUUGGAUUGAUUUAUACUUUAUAAAGUCGCAAGCUUUUUUA